CCAGACCAGGAAGUUUUCGUCCGUGACGUCAUGGGUGGGGAUCAGAGCCAAAAUGGCGGACGUCUUCAUGUGUUGUGUUUCUGAUCAGGAAAAGACUGCAAGAAUUCGGAGUAAAGAAAUUGAUGAUCGGAUUAGAAAAGAAAAGAUUCAGUUUAGGAGAACCGUUAAAAUCCUAUUACUGGGUGCAGGUGAAAGUGGAAAGAGUACAUUCUUAAAACAAAUGCGAAUUAUUCAUGGGGAUGAAUUUAGUGAACAUCAGUUGUUGGAAUACAGAAAUACUGUUUACUCAAACAUCAUUAAAGGAAUGCGCGUUUUGAUAGAUGCAAGAGAUAAGUUAAGCAUUCCAUGGGGUGAUGAAACAAACUCAAAACAUGCCCAUCAUGUGUUUGGGUAUGACAAUUCUAAAUUAGAUGAAAGUGUCUUUCAAAAUUACGUUGACUCACUUAGAAAGCUAUGGUCAGAUUCGGGAAUUUUAGCAGCAUUUGACAGACGACGAGAGUUUCAGUUGGGAGACUCCUUGCGAUAUUUCAUGGCAGGCCUUGAUAGAAUAGGAAAUCCUAACUAUGUUCCUGUCAAACUAGAUAUACUUCAUGCUAGAAAAGCUACAAAAGGAAUCAUCGAACACCAAUUUGAUAUCAAAGGAAUCCCUUUCCUGUUUGUAGAUGUAGGGGGUCAGAGGUCACAGCGCCAAAAAUGGUUCCAGUGUUUUGAGGGAAUCACCUCAAUCUUGUUCCUGGCUUCGUCCAGUGAGUUUGAUCAAGUUCUUAUGGAAGACCGGAAAACAAACAGGUUGCUGGAGUCAUGUGACAUUUUUGAGACCAUUAUCAAUAACAAGACAUUUUCUAAUGUGUCCAUUAUCCUCUUUCUCAACAAAACAGACUUACUAGAAGAUAAGGUAAAGGUUGUUAGUAUAAAAGAGACAUUUAAUGAUUUUGAGGGAGACCCACACUGCCUUGAGGAUGUCCAGAACUACAUUCUUGGAUUGUUUGAUGAGAGGCGACGUGAAAGAACAAAGCCUCUCUUUCAUCAUUUCACAACGGCAAUAGACACAGAAAAUAUCAAAUUCGUGUUUCAGGCGGUAAAAGAUACAAUUCUACAGGACAAUUUAAAGUCAUUGAUGCUCCAGUAGAGUAUUGUAGUCUUCAACUGAACAAUUUUAAUAUAUGAUCACAAAGUGCUAGAUGAUGUUAUAAUGAAUGAAGAUGGAAACUGUGCAAUGUCCAAACAUUUAUCAUGUGAACCAAUUGUGUUGUGAUAAUAGAUUAUGCAUACAUGUUACUCAGACUGGUUCUGUGGAACUGAUGUUUGAGAUAGAAUGGUUUCACCAGAAAGUAGGCAAAAGUAAGCACAAGGACCUAAAGUAAUAAAAAUGACAAAGAAGUACAGGUUGGAGUGUUGAAGAAACUUCUGCUGAGAUAAUUUUAUCUGCUAUAAAAAUCAAAAAUAUUCAGUGUGAAAGGAUUAUAUUGAAGGGUUGUGCAUCUGAACUGCAUGAUUGACCAUAUAUUUAUUCGGAUUCAAACUCACUAGGAAUCAAAAUCAUUGACAUGAAAGAAACCUUGUGUUUUUGUGUAACAUGUUUCAGUGUAGGGAAUGUAAUGCUGUGUCAAAGAUAUCACAGAGGACUUGAAUUAUAAAAUUACCAGUUUAUUGUCACUGUUAGACAUUUUCUGCAGCUCAGACAGGAGAUUGGAUUUUAAUUGUUUGCUUUAUGACAGCAGAAAAUGUCAACGAUUCUUUAUGUGAAAAGAGUGUGGCCUUAAAAUUCUUAAAACUUCUUGAUUGAUUCAGGAAUGGUUUAGGGUUCUGAAAUAUUGAAUAAAUUCUUCUAAAGUAAACUCAGUGUUAAAACACUUGAGGUGUCAUGUAUGUUUUACUAGUUGAUAUAAGGCAUGACUUAAACAUAAGGAGAGAGGGGGGGGUGAAUUUCUGAGAAAUUAAGAGAUAAUCUAAUAAUUCAAUCCUUACAUGAGACAAAGAGAGCAGGAAUAACAAGGUUUUGUACAGCAUUGAUAUUUCUGUACUCUAUGAUCCCGCCUGGUGUUUCUCUAUAAUAACUGGUGUUUCUAUAAAAUAACUUGUUGAAUUUUCUGAAAAAUGUUACAGAGAUAUAACAAACAAAGUUAAAAUAAGACAAAUCUUACAAAAUUCUUUGAUAGAAAACAAUUAAAAUUCUAGUAGUAUAAAACCACCUGGUUGUUGUAGAACAUAUAUGAUUUGAAAGUUACAUGAGGCCUAAUCCAAAAAACCUAAAGUUUGUUUUUAUUUACAUGUAUAUGUAUAAAUGUUUAGAAAAAUUUACCUGUGCCAACAUGUUAUAUACAGCAAGGAUUCUGAUAUUUUUUACAAUUGAUUAUUUUGACCAGUAAAAUUUUAUAAUUAAGAUAAGAAUUGCUUAUACUAACACUGUUUAAGUAAACAGAUUUUGUUUUAUAGCUUUUACAGACUGUCAAGCUUCAUUAAAUUUUGUUUUUGUGUUAACAUGAAAAUUACAUGAUUAAAUUGAGAUAGUUUUAAAAAAAUCAGAUUGGUAUAUCAGAAAAACAAGAUAUUAAUUGUUUAAAACAUGUUUAGUUGAUGAGUUUUUCCUGUAUUUUGAUUAAUACAUCCUGUUUUUUAUACUAACAUCUAUACAUAGAUAUUUUGUAGAUAUUAUAGACUGAUAUAAUGAGUAAGCUAUCUUGUUCUGUCUUAAUGUAUAUAGAACUACAUUAUGUGACAAGAUUAAUAAACCAAUGGUAAAAUUUUGAACAUUGAUCCAAUUGAAAAUUGUUAGUGACAGUCAUCAUAAAUGUUGUUAAAAUUUUUAAAUUCUGUUACUAGAGAGUUUUUGGUAAAUUUAUUCUAUAAAAUCAACAUAAGAAUGUUUGAAUGUGAAUGUAUAUUGGAAUAAAAUAUGUAAUAUAUAUUACAAUAAGUUUUAAUAGUAAAGUAUUUUGCAUAAUUUGCAAGACCAUUUUAAAACUGACUAUUUAGUACCACCAUUUUACACUGCCUAUAUAUAGAUUUUUACUUUUAUAUAGAUUUAUCAUACAUAUAUAUGUUCCAUGUGUAUCCAAACAUAUAAUUGAGCCGUGUCAUGACAAAACCAACAUAACGUGUUUGCGACCAGCAUGGAUCCAGAUCAGCCUGGGCAUCCUCGCAGUCUGAUCAGGAUCCAUGCAGUUCGCUUACAAACCCUAUAACAAGUAGAGAAACUGCCAGCAAACAGCAUGGAUCCAGAUCAGACUGCAGAUGUGCAGGCUGAUCUGGAUCCAUGCUUGUCACAAACGCACUAUGUUGGUUUUUUAAUGGCGCGGCCCAAUUAUUGUCUCCUGUAUGAAAUAUCAUAGCAACUGAUUGACGAGAAUUAUAAAAAAUAUACACAGGUGUGCCAUCAUAUACUGUAUAUCUACAAGCAAAUCUUUGAUAUAAAACAUAAUACAUGUACUAGGAUAUUGAAAAUGAUAAAGGAUUAAUUCACUGACUUAAAACAUUACAUACUGGGAAUAUACUGUAUAAGAUUAGAGUUAAAGCAACAAUGUUCUAACUCAGUAAAAGUUAUAUUACAAGGUAAGGCUGUAUUAAUAUGAACUGUGGAUAAACUUAAAAUAUAGUAGAGCUCUAUAAUAAUCUUUCUGCGUUACUAGGGUAAUGUUUAUAAUGUAGAAACAGUUGUAUGACAGGUGGAAUUGAUAAUUUGCUGAUUGGUAGGUAGUUAUUAAGAAUUCUUGAAUAUUGAUGGUUACCCCAUUGGGUCAAUAAUUUCUUGAGAAUUUGAACUUAUAUCUAGACGGACCUUUAAAGAAUUUACAUAGUUUUACUUUAAAAAACAGUUUUCAAAGCAUUUUGAUAUAUUCAUGAAAAAAAGUGAAUGAAAUGUAUACUGGUUUAGUAUCAGGCCUAGAUGAUUUAAUUGAUACAUUUUAUAUCUACAUAAUAUGUCCAAGGCCAUACAACUUACAUGUAAGAUAAGUUUAUGCAUAUAUUAAGGUAUACAGAGAUUUUAUAUAAUAUGAUCACAUGCAUGGGACAUGUUGGCCUUGUAGGUAGGUUGGGGAUAAGACUAUUCAACUUGUCUCGUGCUUAUGUUAAAAUAGAACAAGUCAAUAAAGUAAAUUAACUAACAUCAAUUGCUAGCUCUAUCGUAUAAAAAAAUAAUAUGGCAUACACUUUGACAGUAAGAUUUUGUGACAUAAAUUACGUGAAAUGUAAAAACGAAAGAAUUAACAAAAAUGCAUUUACAUGUUGGUAAUCAUGGUUUAAUUUGAUAUUAAACUUCCUCUAUCACCUGGUGACACAUUAUAAUGCUUCUAUUACAUCUUAUACAAUUUUGACCAACAUUUUCAAACUUUCCUAGAAGUAAUAUGACACUUGUUGUAAAUUAUUGACAGACAGGAAGUAACAAAAUGCUGCAUCAUAUAAUAUAUAUAUAACUAGGUAACAUUGUCAUAGCAUUUAUCAUUAAAUACUUUGUUGUCAGUUUCCUUGUGCAUAGUUUAAAUCAUGUUUUAAACUUGUUUUUAACUUAAAGAUUAUUUAUAUAAGCCAGGUAAGAUAGAUAAAACAGGCUUCCUCAUGCCUCAACACAUCUCUAACAUAGAUAUAUAAACUGAAGGUAUAUAUAAAGUGGACAUAUAGUAUGUUAAAAUUGACUGAAUGCAUUUUAGAAAAUCAUUAGAUUAAAGACUCAUUUUCAGAACUACUUUUAUACUUUAUUACUUUAACAUUUAACAGGUAAACCAUUGAGCCUCAGUUUAGAAGUAUUUUAUCAUUUAUUCUGAGUUUCUGUUAGAAGCUGCCUUGUAAAACAAUGGUAAAGACCCAACAUAAUUUCAUUUCAAUUUUAGAAGUGCUUUUCUAGAUUUUGUUUUGUAAAUGUUUCUAAUUGUUCUAUUCAAUCCUGUUCAUAUAUGACUGUUUGAUAGAUUUUAAUGAAUAUGAUCAAUAAUUCCUUGGCUCCAAAAUUUUCAACAACAACAAAGCAAACAUUUUUAAGUAAACAAGAAACUUUUUGUUGUUUUGGCAUACUGUAUUAUACCAUGCCAAACUUGACUGGAGGAUUUUAUAUAGAUUUUAAUGUUUUUAGUAAUUAUCAUGCUUAUAGAUUCACAAUGUUCAGACUUGGGAAAGAAAUACAAACAGUUGAUACUGGGUCUACUUGUUAUUAAAGUGCCACACCUGUACAUGUAAACAGGAUACAAACAUUGUCUGCUCAAUAUUUUAUUGUUUAUUUGUUUGUACAUAAAUCUUGUAAUCUAGAUAAAUGGCCCUAGUAUUUUGGUAGCAGCAAAUAUUUCAUGGUAGCAAAUAAUUCAUUCACUUAUCAGCACAUAAUGGUGGGCUUUGCCAAAAUUGAAUCAUAAAAAGAGUGAUAACGCAAAUUAGGAGGUAUUUUUGUCAUGGCAGGUAUUUAAUGCCAAUAUAUGACUAUAAUAUAUCUAUGUUUACUUAAUGAUUUUUAUAAGGCAUAACAAAUAAGAUCUUUCUGUGUUGUAAAUGGGAUAAAAGUUUAAAUUUCACAUUUACAUGUAUUCAAUUGGUUAUACACCAUUCAGACAGUACACCUUUAGAAGUAUAUACUAACAAAAGAUUACAGAAUUAUUAGAAUAAAUGGUUCUGUUAUGGUGUGAUACAAUUACUUGGCCUGUUCCAACUUUUUCCUUAUUAUUAUGAAAGAUGAGAGUCCUCAAAUGAAGGAACCAUUUUAAGAUUCUACUUAUUGGAAACAGUAAGUUCUUGUAUGGUUAGUUCACUAACAGAUGAUCACUUACUGAUGUCUUGAUUUGUCAUUUAGUGUUAGUCACCAAUUACCCUUAUUUCUAAAAUGGGAUAGAAACUACUUAAUCUAAAGCAGGAUGAAUGAAAAACCAGGAAAUUACAAAAAAGUGCAGUUUAUAAGUUAAAUGUUGCUUACAUACUCAUUGUUAACAAUAUAAGACAAGAAUAAUAUCCUGUGAAAUAUUUGGACCAUUUGUCUAGGUAAUUGUGCAGACACGAUCUUGUAAAGGUCAGAGUAAAUUUCCCGCUACUGUAUUAUAAUACCAGGGGAAUGAACUCUUUAUAAUUAUACAUUAACAGAUCACAACGCUAGAACAAUUUUAGUUAUAAAUCCUGAUUGAAAUAAAAUGCAGUUAAAACUAAAAUUAAGAACAAUAUUUUGUACAAACUAUGAUUUUGGGUUUAAUAACCAGUUAAAAAUUUGAAAAAUUAUUGUAUAUAAAAUGAGGAAUAAAGUGGCAACACUAUAGCAGGGAAUUUAGUCUGGCCUAACAUUUUAUAUACUUUCAUUUAUAUAUUAUUUAGACUGGUUCAUGUUUUGUAAGGUAUAUGAAGUAUGAUGAGAAUUAUUUUUAAGCUACCAGUCUGUUGUUACAGCUAUUAUCAGUGAACUCUCACAGUCUCCCCACAAUCCUCAAACUAUUCUCUCAAAAUCAGUUUUUGUCUUGAAAAUGAUUUUUUUUGUAACAUCCGACAAUCUUCUCUCCUAUUUCAAUAAACUUAUGAAUUCUAUCUUUCAUGAGUUAUAAUAAAUGUAAUAUUUCAUUCCUGAAACUGCUUGGAAUUUGGCAACAUGCUUGAAGUUAUAAUGUCUUUUAUAUAUUAUUUUGAUGGGUUGAUUAGGAAUUUAACUAAUUUUCAAUUAGUCUUCAAUUAAAGAAUGAAAUUGAAAUUAUACUUUUUAAUGAAAUAUUAAAUAAAAGUUGAAAAUUUUUAAGUAUUCUGAUGAAAGGAAAAAUGUAUGUUAAAGAUUUUUAUUGGUAGAAUACCGUAUCUUUAUUUAAUUCAAGAAGACAAUACAAUUAUUUUACAUCAAACCAGGAUAUGAUAAGAAAGAACAAAAACAAACCACUUAUAUCUGUGAUAAUGAAAGCACCUGUUCUAUAAACAGUAAUUAUAUCUCAACAUUUUAACAACCAGUAGCAGAUUUCUGCUGGAAAAGAGAGAUGUAGGUAAAAUAUAAAAAUACAUAUAAACCUGUAAUAUAAAAUCCAUUCGUAAGAUUUUCAACCCUUACCAUUCUAAAUAUUGUAAAUGGACAUAACCAUCUUCCAAAUUGGCCUAGAGGUUGUAAACAAUCGAGACUGGUCUCCCAGUUCAUCAAUUUUAGAGAAAAUUUUAAAACAGGUAUUGACUGAAUAGCAAAAAGUGCAGGCCAUAAUUAUAUGGCACAGAUGUGCCAGCUUUUCUUAGUCUGCACUGGUCACAUGGGUAUUUGACUAUUUCCAGUUGUCACUAGCAGGUUAAAGAUUAAAAUGGACAUUUACUCUAAAAAUAACCUUUAAUUUCUAACCAUCUCAUUGUAGGCUACCUUGAAGUUUAAACUACAAUAGUACAGUUUGCCAUUCUAACAUUUACCAAUUUGUUUUUCUGUUGAUCACAUUGUUUUGAAUUGAUCUGUGAUUAGUGACUACCUGUCUAUCAUGACCAUAUAUUUAUAGACAGUGUUUAAACAUACCUGUAAGGACAAAUGUUUAAUUCUACAUGAUACAGAAGUUAAGUGAUACAUGUACAUACCAAACUUGCUAUCUAGUAGAUACAUGUAUGUGAGAUUAUAGUUUAAACUUCUCAUGAAGAGUGGUGUGUACUAGUCACUACUAGCAUUGUUAGUAACAGUAGGUUUAUCAUAGUACUAAGUUACUUUGUACUGUAUAAAUGGAGGUUAAAGGUCAAGUCCUGAUGUAUAAUACAAUGUAUUUUAUAUAUAUAAUAUUUAUAUAUAUAUAUAUAUAUAUAUAUAUAUAUAUAUAUAUAUAAUGUCAUGAAGACAUGACAUGUUUCCAACAUAUUUCCAUUAUUAACUUUAUUUUUGGUACAGGAAUAUAAAGUUGUGUCAUGUGAUGCCUCUGUCAGUCAUGUAUCAAAUAUUAGUGUGACUAUUCUGUCAGUCAUUUGUCAGGCAUUGUUGCUGUAACAAUUGCUUUAAGACUCAGCACUUGUUUCCUAGUUAUUGUUCAUUAUGAAAAGGGGAUUUUUUUCGCUAGAAUUGUGGUUUGCUGACCAGUUGAUUUAUAUGCUUAUUAAAAAUAUACUUGUCAUAUGCUGGGAAUAAUGAUAAACUUUGACAUUGUAUUGCCUUAUUUUACCAUUUGAACUGAAUUCUCUUAAACCAUCAACUUGAUUGUAGUAAUUUUACUCUAAACUAGUAAUUAGUAAAGCCUGCCUUAAGCAUUAUCCAUUUAUAUCUUUAAAAUAUAAUUACAAUUUGUAAAUGAAGAUAUAUAAACUACUGUCUAAAGGUAAAAUUGUUUUAAAAUACAGAUAUUCCUAUAAAUCUCUGCUAAACUCAAGUAUUUAUAAAAUAGACAUUACAUACUUGUUGAAAAGAGAAUGGUGUAACAGUUAUAUAUCUAUAUUCAUGUAUAUAGUAAGUUAUUACAGUGUUGCUAUAAAUCAUUUCUAUAUAUGUUACAUGGAUUGUGGUGACACUGUGAGAGAAAGAGAGUUAUGUUCACUGCUGUUGUUAUUAUAUUAAGUCAUUUUUUUGUAUGUAAAACAUUUUUUGUUAUAGUACAUGUAUACAGAUUUAAAUUCACUUAUGUUACGUGCGCCAUACAUUCACCAUACUGUCAACAUACCUUCACAAUACCAUCAACAUACCUUCACUAUACCCUCAACAUACCUUCAAAAUACCUUCACCAUACCAUCAACAUACCUUCAUCAUACUGUCAACAUACCUUCACCAUACUGUCAACAUACCUUCACCAUACCCUCAACAUACCUUCACCAUACUUUUGUCAUACCUUCACCAUACUGUCAAUUAAAACCAUCACCAUACCUUCAACAUACUUAAAUUACAUCAACAUAUGUAUAAUUGAGAGUUAAAUCACAUGGGGUACAAGGGAAGAAAAGAAUGUUUCUAAUUGGAUGAAAUAAUUGCUUCAUAGUUUUACUUUCUGUUGUUUAAUGAUUGCCUUUGUUUACAUAUACUAGAAUAUUCUCUGUGUAAACUAAAAUGACCAAAGGCUUGACCAUAUAUCCCUCAUUUAUCAUGUAUAAUAAAUCAUUGUGUUUUAUAAGUUUUACUCUGGUCAUGAAGACAGGCUUGUUCAUUAUGAUGAAAGUUUAUAACAUUUUACAUUUUUCAUCAACUUAGAAUAAAUAUAUGCCUUAAUAGUUGAAUAAGUGAGUGACACAGUUUGAGCGUGGUAGUUCAUCUUUAACUUUUCUUUAAAAAAAUUUAAAAAAGCAAUAAUGAAUGAGCCAUGUGUUUAUAUGGAUACAGACUGAAUACUGAAUGACAAAGAUGCUAGUGUGAUUCAUAUUUUUGACAUGUUAAUAUUCAUGGAUUUAAGUUGUGGAAUCAUUAACUAAUAGUUUAAAUCUCUUUUAAAAAAAUAUUUUGAAAUACCCAUAUACAUUUUCCAUUUUCUUGAUUUUUUGUAUACAGUUGUUUACCUCUAUGUAUUUUGAAGAUUUUUAAGAACAUUUUCAACAGGUAGUUUUUAUUACUUCACAUGAAAAAUACAUGUACUGUGUAUUGUUUUGUGAUUUUUUUGAUUUUUUUUGUAUUUACCUCAUUUUAUUUCAUAUUAAAACAAAGACUAUAUUAAGUUUUUUUCCUUCAAAUUGUGUUCAUUUAUGUUUUGCUGUAUAAGGUUGUAGUCUGGCCCUUUACCCUGCUGGAACUAAAAGUUAAAGCCUUUGUAGCCAGGCCAUGCUGUCUGACCCAGUUCAAUACUGUUGGCUUACUAUCUUUUAAGUUUUCAUUCUGAUAUCCCUAAAAUUGAUAAUUGGCAGUUCCAAACAUAUUAAGACAGACAAGUCCAUUUUAGAAAUGCCAGCAGGGUAUGGGUUUAAAUGUUAUUGUAUUAUUAUUAAAUCAUUAAGGCAGAUGAUUUGUGAUGACAGUUGUCAAUUAAAAUUCAAUUAUUGAUUGGUGUUAAAGAUAAUAAAUUAUAUAAGCUCAAUCAGUACUUGAUGAUACCUUGUUAAAAUGGUAAAAGACCAUCUUUACUUCAAGAAAAUAUGUUCCUAUCAUUAAACAUAAACAACAACUUCCAGUUUAUAUGCAUAAUUGUACAAAAGAGUAUAUUGUGCAUUUAAGUUUUACAAUAUACUAGUAGUAAUAAUUAUUGUCAUCACAGAUAGUAUAACUUCAUGGUUAAUAUAGAUUCAUCAGUUGAAUGAUGUAGAAUAUAGUAAUAUAAUUACUAUUUAUUGAAGUGUAUAAGAAUUGAUAUAGAUGUAAUCUAAAGAGGUUUAUAUAGUAUAUAUACUUACAACAUAAUGUAAUAAAUAUAUAAUUAACGAAUGAUUUAUGUUAAUUGUAUAAUUACUAUUAUUUUGUCUUACUACUAUAAACUUCAGUAAGAAUAUUAUGGUGUUAUCUUGAUUUUAUUGCUUUCAUGUGCAAAUUAUGAUAUGGUUCAAGGGCAGAUAACUUCAAGGUUAUAAUACAGAUACCAAACUCGAUAAAUGCAGUAAAUGCAGGUUACAACUUAGUAAAUUUACUGAUAACUAAUGAUAGUAGUGCAGCAAAAAGCUGAUAAGAUUAAAACUUUGUUUGUACACUGUGAUUAGAUAUGUGAAAAACCUUCAUUUGUCAAGUCUGGGAUAACAUCAUUAAAUAUUUUUGUUAAUGAAAUAAUUGGUCAAUCAAAACCAGAAGAGAAACUACUAUAUAAGGCAAGACAGUAACAGUUUUAUAUAAUACAGGGUACUAUAGUAUGAAAGACAUUGUUGCUAUCUCUGAUUGUAAUGAUUUAUGUAGAGAAGUUGUUAGUUACUUGCUGAAAAGCUAGAACCAAUAAAUGUUCUUGGUAGAUAACUGCUUGCUAGUAUACUGUAGCCACCUCCAUGAAAUGGCAAAUUUAGUUAGUGGUUAUUUAUAACAGACAGGCUUCCAAGUAAUAAAGUCUGCAUUUUGUCCUGAACUACUGUUACAUGUUAGUUUAAACAAGUUAAUGAACUUGAAUUAUUGCUGGCAUGUUUUAUCAUACACAACUUCAUCAUAUAUUAUAUAUGUGAAUGGGUAAAAGAUAAAAUAAUAACAGCAAGCUGUCUUAAUGUUGAAAUCUCCCUGUUUACUACAAGUAUUCAACUGUUUAAGAAUUUCUGUGACCUUUUUGUACUUAGUGUCAGGAACAUCUCUAGGAUAUAUAUUUUAUCUUUUUUUUUCUUUUUUUUUCAAAGUAAGAGGAGAAUUACAUAUAUAAUAGACUUCCUGCAGACAUGGAGAUAAUUUUAGAUAAAAUAUCUGUUAUAUAAAUGAAAAUAUGUGUAUUUAUAAAUAACCUACUGUUUUAAGAGAUAUUUUACAAAAUGUAUAUAUUAUUUACUGAUAAAAAACAACAAACAUGUGCUUAAUCAGAUUUAUAUAUAAUGAAAGAAUAUAGAAAAGUUAAUGUGAUUUAAUGAGAAUUGUUCGAAUUUAAAUGAUAGAGUGAAAGACAUUGUUAGCAAAAACUAAAUAAAAUCAAAUAUAAUGACAAUUUUAUAUACCAUCUGAUGCAAGAUACUCAAAUAUAAUUUAUCUGUAAAUAUAACCUCAAGAAAAGGCCAGUUUUACCCAAUAUGCAUAUAAAUUUAAUGAUGUAUUUUAGAUUUGGUUUCAACAUAAAUCAUGUCUUUUGUUUUGAGGAAAUUGAGUAAAUUUAUUUUGAUAAUAUUCUGGCACAAUGUGGGGGUUGGGGGAAUAUUAGUAGUGUUAGGAAUGGCACCAAUGAAUGAAUGUUUCAAGGAAUAAUGUUUUUUGAAAUUCCUAGAAUUGAUUGAAUCCAUGUUAUAUUAAGAUAGCUGCAUUAUUUGUCUGAUUGGGAUAGAUAAAAUAGUUGGCUGUUAAUGUUUGUGUAUAAACGUAAAAUUUAAAACAAAAAUCAUGAACAUUGCAUUGAGAUGUCAGUAUAGACCAACAGCUGACUGCGAGAUUUGGGUAUUUUUUUGGCAUAUUUUAAUUUAGUUUACUUUUUAGAGAUGAAAAACAAGAUGAUUUUGAUACAACCAGUAGUUUAUCUUCAGUUUGCCUGUCUUACUGUACAUUUAAAGGAAAUUUUAAUAAAAUAUAUAUUUACGAAGCAUGAUGCAUCAAUUAAAGGGUAACUGAUUAAACUAGAACACAUUACAUGUAUAUUACAAGCACUGGUCUAUGGGGAAAAUCACAGCUCACUCAGUAUUAGAAUUGAUUAAAAAUUAAAAAAUGCAAUCCAAAUGCUACAGUUUCCACUAUAUUCUACUAUAAUUAUAAGACUUUAAAUACAUGUUUUGUUAGCCUUCUUUUUAUUGACCAAAAUUUCCAUUAAAAUAUGCAUUAUCACAUGUUUUAUAUUUUCAAGUGAUAAUAAACCCUCUAAAUAAUCCCCUUAAUAGCCAUUCUAUAUUCUCCAUUUUACAAAAACUUUAUGAUUGUCAUAGUUUCAAACACCUGUGAAUCUAUUAAGCCAUUUUGUAGAAUUCAAGCACCUUUAAAGUGGAUAUAAAAUCAUUUUAUUAUUGUAAGUAUAAAACUUAUAUAAACUAUCAUAGUGUGUGUAAUCAAAAUAAUCUGUUUAUGAGAUUACAUGUAUAUGAAUGAAAUGGUUUUAUGUGUACAUGCAUGAAUGUAAUGUUAGAAUUACUUAUUACAAAUACAGUGAAAUAAGCAGGUUUAUUUUCUACGAGAAUGAAACUUAGUUCUGUAAGUUUGAAUGUAAAUCAAAUGUGAUUGUCAGCUGAAGGUGAUUCAAUUUUGUUUGUUUUUUCUUCAUCAUUUCAUGCUUUAAUCUUUAACCACAGGCGAUUUUGUGACAAUAAAUUAUAUGACAGCAUGUGCAAUUAUUUGAAUGAUUUUCAUCAUGUACAAUGUUAAGGUCCAAAUCUAGCAUGCAGCUAGUGUACAUUACCAAAUAAUAACAGGUCUUCCAGCACCAGAAAUUGGCAACAGUUGUUAUAUAUUGUCAUUGUGAUUACCCAACAACUAAAAUCUUACUUGUUUUGAACAACACAUAUACUUCUCCCAUAAUAUAAGUAAGUAAAAUAAAGUUGCCUGUGGUUUAGGAUACAUCAUUUAACUGUUAUAUUGAAAUCAGCUUCCAUGUUUACAAUGUGCUUUUACUUUUCGUAACAGAAAGAAAGGCUUGCUACUAGUUUUUGAUCAUUAUUUAGUACUUUCGUACUUCCCUUACAAUAUUUUAUAUGAAUAUUUUGAUAUUUGACUAUAUGAAACUUAUAUUUAUUCUCUCUAUAUGAUUGUAUGGUCACACAUUAAAUUACAUAUAAACUUA